GUCGUCGUCGGCAGCAGCCUUCCUUCCUUCGUUUGAACACAUGCUGUGCCACGUUUGACCAUUGUGUGGCAGCAAGUACUACCCACGCCGCGAGUCCACCAACUACCUAAUUCUCCAGGAGGCCUGAUCGUCCAGAACGAGCACAAACGCGUACGGAAUCAGCUCAGCAGCGGUCAAUUCCUCCCAUUGCUCAUCAUGGCGCCCUCUUCCUCUUUCACAUCCAAUGUCAUGUCGCGGUCACGCUCCGGGGAGUCUGCUCGACCUCCGACUCGCGACGACGCCAACCUCGAAAUCCCGAACCGCACCUCGUCGUUGCACUCGCGCAUCGCCGCGCCGAUACCUAGCCAGAUGCCUCAGCAGAAGACUGGCACUCGUGCCCCGAAGACAUUGACCCAUGCCUACAUGGUGUGUGGUGUGGGACGGGAGCCAUCGCAAUGGGUGAAGGCACCAAUCCCAGCCCAGGGAAAGAUUGGCCACAUGAAAGGUGCCGUUGGCCAAUUCUGGCUUCCUGAGAUUCUGGGAAGCAGCCCGAGAUUGGAGCAGGACAAUGAGAUCGCUAGGUCUCUUCACUCCGCAAUGAGGGCGUGUUUUCCACAUGACGUAGAAAUAUGCACAGGAUCAAGUCAGCCACACUGCGUGCACCAUGCAUUCGUCCUACAGCAGGAUUCUUCGCACACUCUUUAUGGCAUCGCGUUGCGUGUCUGGUCGCGCGCUGACGAGAAGCGUGCUGAGACCAUCCGCGAUCUUCGCAAGCGCACUGAACCGGACUACUAUGAUACUCCAGGUGAAACUUACUGGAUCCCGUACUGCCUCUCGUUCUUGUCCAGAUACCCGUUGUAUAACCUCCUUGGGGACUACCUCCGUGGCAUGUGGAUUCACUGGAACAAGGCGACCAAUCUCUUCCACGCCGAGGAGGUGUCACGCAUCCUGAGCUUUCCAGCUCCGCGAUUGAAUGAUUUGGUUCGCAUUGACAUGAAGGACUAUGCACUGUGUUACCAGUUUCCUUCGUCGCCAACCGGCUUCCAAAACUUUGCUAUGUGGCCGCUGUUCAGCUGCCUGUCCAUUCCCAACAUUGUUGGCGUUCUGGAGGCUGCAGUUUCGCCUACGAGACGAAUUAUUUUCAUCUCACAUUACACAGCCAUGCUGACUGUCGCAACGGAGACCGUUCGCUACAUGGUUCGUGUCUACGAAUGGAGUGGCCUCUACGUCCCCGUCGUUCACGCCCGCCACGCCAAGGAACUUGUUCAGGAGCCCGGUCCAUAUAUACUCGGAAUGACCGCCGAAUGUCGCACAUUGUUCACUGCUCCAUCAGACGCCCUGGUCGUCGACCUCGAUCGGAAUUUCGUAUUAACGUCCAGCCCCCCAAAUGCUUGGAGUGCUAGACAACGCUCGAAGCUGAUUACUCGAUUGACACAAGGGCUCAAUGGUGAUGUCGUACCCUCUGGUGUCCCUCAACACCUGCGCUCGGCAUACGGAGGCGGCAAGCUCAUUCCAGCUGGCCAAAUCAUCGUCAUGCGAGGUGAGGUCGAGAGUGUGCAAGAUCCAGUGUGGUGGAACCAGGACCAGAUCAUGAGGGUCAUGGACCACGCAUGUGAGAAGCUGGGCAGGAACACUGGUCUGAAGUCUGUCUUCGGUGGAUCUCAGAAGAAGCCAUUGAUGACCAAAGUCUCCAUGAGGCAUUUGAACGAGAUUGUGCGCGAGCGCAAUCAAUACUCGCGCGAUGCUAUGGAAGCCUGGCAAGAUUUCAUCAACCUCAAGGGACGUAUGGACACCGAACUUGCCAAGGUCACAAAACGUAACAACUUCUUGGUCGAGGAACUGGAAAGCUGGAAGCAGCAAUUCUUGAAGUUCCAGGCCUUUGCCGAGCAACUCACCAAGGAGACCAAUGAGCUUAAGGUCAAGAUAGAAGGCCAUAAACGCGAGAACCGCCGUCUAACAAGCAUGAUCGACCAACAGAAGGACGACACUGCCAGACUUACGGUGCGCUUGUCUGGAACCGAGAAACAGAGAGACGAUGCUCUAGAGGCACUCGUUCUUCAGCAAGAGAUUGCAGAAGAGUUGGAGCGGGAGCGCAAGAGGAACAAGAAGGAUUUGUCUGCCCUGCAGCACACAAAUACCACUUUACUUCGCCAGCGGGACGAAGCUCAACGUGUUGUGCUGCAUCUUCGUGCGCUCAUCGAUGGACAAGCACACCACAUGGAGCACAUUGUCAAGUCGCUCAACGACUCGGAAACACAUGGCGAAUUUAUGGAUGCGGAGGAGCAGAUCGAAUCGCCAGUCAAGGAGGUUGCGAAGGACGACGUAGAGGCUGGUGCCACAAAGGUACCCGCCUCACAAGUUUCGUCGAGGGCAAGCACGCGCAUGUCGCAGUAUCGCAAUGAUGGUGAGGACCUUUCUUCGUUCCGGCAGCCUCGUUAUUCGAGCAUUUCCAAACGAUUGUCAGGGCUCAGCAUGACUGAAGUUGCAGAUCGUCACCUCCGUGAUAAAACGGAUGCAAUCGCCUACAUCAUCCGCAACAUCUCCGAGCAGUGCGCUGCUGCUGUCGAGGGUCUUGACCUCGCUCGCCGUGCCGAUACCACCAGCAGCGAUGGUGGUGAUGAAGAUCACAGAUCCGAGUCUGGCAAGAAGAGAGGGAAGCGACCAGUAAAGCACCUCGCCCCCGAGUCUGAGAAUGGCGAUCUCUCAAGCAAUAACUCCGAGUCGGACUAUGGCGACAACCGAAGUGAGGGCACUAGCAGCUACUUGCACCCCAAGAGGACGUCUGGUACAUCCUCAGCAGUGCCACCGACGCCGGAUCUUGUGCACGACCGCAGCUCUACGAGCAUGAGCGUCAACAGCGAAAGUACAGCUGCUACGCCCAACCGAUCCAGCCUGCAGAGCGUGUACAAAAACCACGCUGAUACUAUUCCGGAAGUGCCCACACAUAUCAUGGAGCAUGAUUCUGAUGGUGGCCACCAGCUCGAGGAGAUCGCUGAGGAGCCAGUCUCCAAAUAUGCGACACGUGGCCUCGAGCACCAUCACGGUCCACUCGAGCGGGCGUGACUCUCCGGUGGCAGACGUCGCUCGUAUGGUCGGUUUCCGGUCCUGUCCAUACGUACCAGUUUUGAUGGCGCGGGAUUUUGAGUGAGAAAGAAAGAACGACUGUCUUUGACAGGACGCGAGAUGCUAUGUGUGCUUUUCAACAGACGCGAUCUAUGGCUUUGCUAUUUGAGAUACUCCCUUUUGCCAUCUGAUUUAAUGUAACUCUUUCACGGCCGCGAUGGACUAUGUUAUGCCCAUUCAUUCGGGUGGGUGUUUGACGAGGAGCACGGGCACAUGGUGCAAGAUAUUUACAGCGACAUUCAGGCGUCUAUUUUAUAUGUAUUGAAGCUCAUGUAGCUGGUUCCAAAGCUGG